UGAUGCCGGCGGUGCUGCAGACGAUGGAGGAGAGGAAGGACCUGCUGUCCAACGAGAUCUACCUGCUGAGCGCCGUCACGGCCCUGCAGCGCGUGUCGGAGACGCUGCCCCACUUCAUCAGCCCCUACCUGCACGCCACCGUCUCACAGGUGUGUCGGAUAUCCCGGCUAGCAGAGACCUCUGCCACGUCCCCCCAGCUCUCCGCCCGCCUCACCUCCCUCAGCUCCACCCUGGCCACCAAGGUGCCCCCCAGGGUCCUGCUGCCCACCCUCACAAAGUGCUACAACGACAUGGUCCCCGCAAAGCAGAGCCAUCUAGGUCCCCUCAUGUCAAUUUUGAAGGCACACAUCACUCACAUGGAGAAGGAUCAGCUGAACACCCACCAGUCAGAGCUCACCUCCUUCUUCCUCACUGCACUGGACUUCCGGGCCCAGCACUGUCAGGGUGAUCUGCCGAAGACGGCGGAGGUGGAGGGCUUCACUAUCGACUGUCUCCUCGCCAUGGUGAUGAAGCUCUCGGAGAUCACCUUCAGACCGCUCUUCUUCAAGCUGUUUGACUGGAGCAAGACGGAGACGGAGGGGAAGCAGAGGCUGCUGACCUUCUACCGGCUGGCCGACCGCAUCGCAGACCGCCUCAAGGGGCUCUUCGUGCUGUUCGCCGGCAACCUCGUCAAGCCCUUCUCCGACCUCCUCCAGCAGACCAACGUCGCAAAGACAGACGAGGCGCUGUUUGACUCGGCGGACGGGGUGGACAAGAGCACCAUGCUGCUGCACCACGUGCUGGACUGCAUGUUCAAGAUCUUCAUGUACGACACGCACCACUUCCUGAGCAAGGACCGCGCCGAGGCCCUCAUGGGGCCCCUAGUGGAUCAGUUGGAGAACACCCUCGGGGGGGAGAAGUCGUACCAGCUCCGGGUGACCCAGCACCUGGUGCCCUGCCUGGGCCAGUUCUCCGUUGCCAUGGGUGACGACACGCAGUGGAAGACCCUCAACUACCAGGUCCUGCUCAAGACCCGGCACAGCUCGUCUAAGGUGCGCUUCUCCGCUCUGCUGAUGGUGAUGGAGCUGGCCCGCAAGCUGAGGGAGAACUACAUGGUGCUGCUGCCCGAGACCAUCCCUUUCCUGGCCGAACUCAUGGAGGAUGAAUCCGAGGAGGUGGAACAUCAGGUCCAGAAGGUCAUCCAGGAGAUGGAGAACAUCCUGGGGGAACCUCUGCAGAGCUACUUCUAACUCACACACCACCCCAUAGCACACUACACACACACAUAACUCCACCUUCGGUACUUCCAGUUAGCAGUUAUUGCUAUAUGGGUGUCCACCCCAUAGCACACUACACACACACAUAACUCCACCUUCGGUACUUCCAGUUAGCAGUUAUUGCUAUAUGGGUGUCUAUACUUUAAAUGCCUUUAGAAGGACUUAAACAGCGGCUUGACUAUAUUUGCACGGCUCCUUAGCGAAUAUAUAAAUCUCUGCCGCAGCCACAAAUAUCUAGGUGGCCGUUUUGGAAAGACUCACCAUUCCCAAGCAUCAUCUCAAACGUACACAAGUCUCAUUGUGUAUGUCUGAUCACUUUCACCAACCAACAAGUAAUUUUUACCUGAAUGCCAUUUUUCAGGUCAGUGCUGUGGUUGCAUUCAGGCCUACGUAUUGGUCAUUUGUUUUUGGCCAACUCAAAGUUAGGUAAUAUUUUGUAUUUUGGGUUGAAUCAGUGUGACUGAGUAUUUUUAAUCUUUAAUCAAACUAUUUGUUUGCUUAAAAGGUAACUUUUUUUUUCUUAGACAUAUCGAAGGAAUGGAGUAGGAAUCAUUAAUUAAGAACUUUUCUUGUACCUUCCAGAUGAUGUAUACAUUUUAUGUGUUUCUGUAUUUGUUAUAUGUGAAGAUGUCAUUCAUCAUUAAAUGUAUGCAUCUAUUGGCUAAGAAACGUCUUAUAGUAGCCUAUAAUUGUCUUUAUUCAAAUAAUUGGAUCCCAUCUAUACAAUCCCAAUUAUUGUUAAAGUGGUGAUUAGGCCACCAGGUGUGUGAGUAUCCACCAACGUGAAUGCUGGAUAGAUCAGUUUACCAGCCUACCCAGUGGACUAACAGAUGUUGCUUAAUAUCUAGCCAACAUACAUCUAGGUGGACACUCCCACUCAUGUUGUCACUAAACACAGGAAAAGGCCGAUUUUCAAACGGCCUGUAAUGGCUUAUCACAUCACAUCAGGGGGCAUAAUAUCACCUCUUUAAAGAAGUUGUUGUUCACAUGAAUGUGGUCUUGUUCUACCAGCCUACUAAUUGACUGCCUAUACAUUCAAUUGUGUGUCCACUAGAUGGCAUCCAACUACCCUAAAAAGUUGGCUGCCACACAUUCACGGUAAUAGUCUGCAACACACGCAGUCUAGUAAAGCCACAUUAUGAGCGGUCAAACAAAUGUUCUUGCAACCUUGGGGAGGUUGCUCCUCCAUCCCGCUCUUAUGUAGAGGCUGCCCAUUCGGGAUGAUUGAGGUUUGUGUGCAAUUUAACUGAUAGGCUAUAUAAAGAGCAAUAAUCCUCCUCACCAGAUCCUGCUUUCAGCGAGUGUGAUAAGCGAUAUGUUAUUUAUAUUAAAAGAUGAUAAAAUAUUAACAUUAAUUACGUCAGCUUCAUCCCGAAUUAACAACCCCCGCAUGCAAGGUUAGGAUAUAAGGGAACUUUAGGAAUGUAUAUUACCAUAUUUGGUGGCAUGUUGGAGGCGCGCACGGACGCAGCGGCUCUUGGCUCUAUGAUUAGUGUAUUAUGCUCUUGUUUGUCUUUUUAGUGUGUCUUAGGACGUGGUGUCAAGCUAAACAUAUUUACAGCCACACACAGCUCCUGAACAUCGGGUUGCGUUGUCAGGUUGCAGUCACGAGCGACUUCCAGCGGAAUCACAACAUCCCGCUCGACAUAGCGAGGAUACCGGAGUCCCCUUGGAUUGUUGUCGGCCCCGGGCCGGCAAACGGCGUAGGCGGCGCAGGGAGCGCAACCAGGAGCGGGGUUGCCGAGCGGGUCUUCUAGCCCGGCUACGGAAACAGCCACUCAAAACCCCGUUACCAAGCAUAUUCCUGACUAACGCAAGAUUCAUCGUUCACAAAAUCUAGCAGCCAACAGCUUUGUUCGCGAUUGCUGUGUUAUGAUCAUCAUCACGGAGACAAUCAGCUGAUCCCGGAUGCGUCAGUUCUACUAGCGGGACGCACUAUCCGCCGCUCCGACAGGAACAAGAACUCCGGUGAGAGCAGAGGAGGGGGACUGUGUGUUUAUGUGCACAAUGAUUGGUGCGCAAGCAGUAAGAGCACAGUCACUCACUGCUCCCCGGAAACAGAAGCAAUGACAGUAGUUUGCAGACCCUUCUAUCUGCCCAGAGAGCUGACAGUGGUAAUUAUCACUGCUGUUUAUAUUCAACCAAAUGUUAGCAUAGCUCUUACCUACCUACAUGAUAGUGUCAAUAAACAGCAGCAAGCUCAUCCUGAUGGGUAUCAUCGCUGCGGAUUUUAAUCAAGCAUGCCUAAAGACAGUCCUUCCCAGAUUUGUACAGUAUGUACGGUGCUCCACCAGAGGAAACAACACACUGCCGUGUCUAUUCUAACAUAAAGCAUGCUUAUGGAGCAGUCCACCUCCCACGUCUGGGCCUGUCUGACCAUCUUUCGCUGCUCCUCAUCCCAGCAUACACUCCUCUUAGGAGGAAAACCAAGCCGGUCACAAAGACUGUAAAAACCUGACCAGAGGGUGCACUCUCCCAACUGCAGUGCUGCUUCGCUCAUACAGAUUAGAGUAUCCUUGAACAACAGGAUCUACAGGGCUUCACUGACACCAUAUUGUCAUACAUCAAAUACUGCACUGACAAUGUGACGGUUGAUAAGAACAUCAAAGUCUAUCCAAACCGUAAACCCUGGAUUACAAGUGAAGUCCAGUCACUCCUGAGAGCGUUCAAAACAAAGGACAAUACCCUGUACAGCAUAGCGAGAGCGGACCUGAGGAGAGGCAUUAAAGGUGCGAAGGAGGCCUACAAAAGGAAGGUUGAGGGCCAUCUGACAAACAACAACCCACGUCAAGUGUGGCAGGGAUUAAAACGUAUCACAAACUACAAAAGCAGCCCCUCAGUGACCAUCAGUGCCAACGCCUCGCUGGCAGAGGAAUUAAACCAUUUCUUUGCCCGCUUUGAGGCAACAAGGCCCAACACAGACAUGCUGACCCCUCCGACCACAAGCCAACACACACUCACUAUCCAGGAACAUCAAGUGAGUCGUGUA